AUGCAUCCGAAAGGUACGGGAUCAUGUUUCAAAAGAACAUAUGAGAACGCAUUGAGGCUCCUCGAAACCAGGAGAAGGAAGACAAGGCCCAAAAAUGUGGCCAGCCCCAUUCUCAGUCCUCAUGCUGCCGACAAACCACGAGCGGAAGCUCGUUCUUCCUUGCGUGGGACGCCGAGCAUAGCAGGUAUGAGGAAUUGGCUGCAAAAGAUAGGCUACACGGACGGGGAUGUAGCGGCCUUGAACAUUGUACACGUUGCUGGGACAAAAGGAAAAGGCAGUACCUGUGCAUUCACUCGGUCUUUACUGCAAGAAUGGGGGAAACGAACGGGGUUUCCCACCAAAAUUGGUCUCUACACUUCACCAGAUCUGACGUCCAUUCGAGAGCGGAUUCAAAUCAAUGGGCAACCCAUCUCGGAGGAUCUGUUCACCAAGUACUUUUUCGAGGUCUGGGACCGGUUGUUCUCACGGCAGGAUGAAGUGGUGGCCGAGGACGAGAGACAGCCUCGGUAUCUGCAACUGAUUGCAUUGCUGGCCAUCCACACCUUUUCUCAGGAGGGAGCCCAAGCAGCCAUCUUUGAGACGCAUCAUGGUGGCGAGUACGACGCUACAAAUGUUGUUUCUUCACCCGUCGUGACUGGAAUCACAUCCAUCGGAUUAGAUCAUCUGGCGCAGCUGGGACCUGGCAUCGAGGAUAUAGCUUGGCACAAGGCCGGCAUCUUCAAGAACGGCACGCCUGCUUUCUCUGCUCCACAAGUGCCCGCGGUUGAAGCUGUUCUGAGAUCCCGGGCCGCUGAGAAAGGCGUUCAAUUCGAGGUUGUCCCUAUCCGUCCUUCUCUACCUCCUAAUGCGAACGCGUUGCGUGCGCAAGUGCAACGCAUCAAUUGCUCCUUAGCCAUCGCUCUCGUCAACGCUUUUGUCUCCCGAAAAAGCCCGUUCGAGGAAAAUACGCUGAGCGAGCAGGACAUCCAGAGGGGUAUCGACAACUUCUCAUGGCCCGGCAGGUUUGAGGUGAUCAAGACAGACAAAUGUGCUUGGUUCCUCGACGGAGCUCACAACGAACUGAGCAUUGGACAGGCGGUCAAGUGGUUUGCUGAGAUAACGAUGUCGUCUUCUGUGUGCGAUUCUAGUCAACAAGGUCCUCCGUGUAUGAUCAUCUUCUCUCAUAUGUCGGAAGAACGGGAUGGCGCGUCGUUGUUGAGAGCAUUGGCGAGUGCGGUCGAGCGGAGUGAUAUCCAUUGUCCUGAGAUGGUGUUUACAACGUACCAGGAACGACGUGAUGGGACAAUUCGACCAGAUAAGACUUUGAAGCCUCCGGAUAGCAUACUGACGGAUCUUCCGAAACAGUACUGCGAUCUGUGGCGAUCGAUCUAUCCCACUGCCAGGACCCGAUAUCUACCUUCGAUUGAAGAAGCAUUGGAAUGCGCCCACAGCGCCAGCUUGCAGAGAGACGGUCUGCAAGUGCUGGUGACGGGUAGCUUGCAUCUGGUCGGUGGUGCGCUUUACUUGUUGCAACAGUGGAAAACAGACGAACAUUGA